AUGAUGACGUGCCGUCUGCUGUGCGCCCUGUUGGUGCUUGCCCUGUGUUGCUGCCCGUCCGUGUGCGUGACAGCGACAGGUGAAGAACCAGAUAAUGACAGCUCCAAUUUACCGCGUGCUUUGCCACAGGAAGCAGGUGUUCCAGAGGCAACAAAAACUUCCGUGACGUCAAGUUUAGCAGGUAUGACCGUUACGUUACCGGGAACCCAUAAUUCGGACGAUAAGGGACAAGCAUCAGAAACUAGGAGCGAUACCGCAAUAGGGACAGGUGGAGUGCCCGAUACGUCAGGAAUUCCGGUUCCGACCGUCACGGUAGGGUCAAAUGUUCAGGGGGCCGGUGGUCCAGCGACUCUGGAGAACGAUGCGGAACAGCCACAUGGUACGUCUGGUUUGCAAUCGGUAGCAGACCUGGCCAAAACGGUACAGGAACAGGCACAAAUUACGGGGCCCGGUGGGACAUGGUCGCGAAGUACGUCCAGUAAAGAAAACACAGGAAGUGGGAGCCAAACGUCACAAGGAUUAAGUUCCGGGAACGGUACUGCACAAAAUCCAGGUGAAAAGGAGGCGGUAGGGUCAAACAAGCCGGACGGUAAGGAACCGAAUUUAGGCACGACGACCGAUACCGGAAAAGGGAAAGGUACGGGAUCACCUCCGUCAACGAGUCCCGAUUCAACAUCUCCGGAGCCUAUUACAGAACAGCAGCCAAGUGGAUCCGCUAACCCAGUCCAACAAGUUCAAAAGGCAAAUGCACCAACUACGACCACUACAACACAGGCACCAAGCACUACGACUACUGAGGCACCAACUACGACGACCACCCGCGCACCGUCACGUCUUCGCGAAAUCGACGGCAGCCUCAGCAGCUCUGCGUGGGUGUGUGCCCCGCUGCUGCUCGCCGUAUCCGCGCUGGCGUACACCGCUGUGGGCUGA